AUGGCUUUCUCGUCACCUGAUCCCCGGAAUACCCAACAAGUUCCUUUUCCACAAGCUAAGGAUCGAAAACGUAAACGAGCACAAGAAGACGAAGGCGGCUCCCCUUUCAUCAUCGCUCCAUUUCAAACAGGGCCACGAACAUCCUGCUCAGAAUAUUCUGUCAAAGAUAAUCUUACAAUCCUCGAAAACACAGCGGUCGAUAUUGACCAAAAAGAUCUGGAUCCACUUGAAUACUGGAGAAGGCAAUUCUGGUUCGGGCGAUCUGCAUUUACGAGCGAUCAAUUGGCAAAGCUUGAACCUUUUGUUGGUGGAAUCAUGGAUAAGUGUACCUCUUAUUUCAUGGGUACUUGGCGGAUAUACUUUCCGUUCCUUACAUCGGAGGUGAACAUCGCAGAUCUCGACGUUGCCGAUCGACAAAAUGCUCACAGCAUGACACUUGCAGUGAGAGCUGUAGUGGAACUCUUCAGACUUGUAAAACGAGAAAAGGAGCUUCAUCGAGAGAUACUAGCGUUUUCAAUGUCGAUUGACCAUCGAAAUGUAAGUAUUUAUGGUCAUUAUCCCGUGAUCGAUGGAAGGAAUACUACUUUCUAUCGCCAUAUGAUUCGCAGUUUCGAUUUUACAGAUCUGGAUGGUAAAGACAAAUGGGCAGCAUAUAGAUUUACGAAAAAUGUUCACGAUAUCUGGAUGCCGAUCCAGCUGGAAAGAAUUCGUUCUGCUGUCGAUAAUUUACCUUCUGAUCUGAAUUUCGAGGUUUCGCAGCAAUCUGAACAAUCUGAACUAGAGGAAUCUGAACUUUCAUAUAGAAAAUUGACGAGGGGUCUCCAAGAAGCCAAGUUAAACAGGUUGACCAUAGAUAGUCUCAUCAGGAAGAAUUUGAAAAUAUCUUCGGAUGAUUAA